UUUACAGACCGGCUAGACUUUGACUUAACCAACGUCGGAAUUUACUUGUCGAGUUAAAGCUGAUAAUUUUUACUAGUCAAUACCUUACCUUUGGUUUAUUGAUAUAUCGCAAUCCAUCAUGUCUGAAACAACUGGAAAGAUGAUCACCUGCCGUGCUGCUGUUGCUUGGGCAGCAAAGGAACCCCUCAGCCUUGAAACAGUUGAAGUGGCACCACCUCAAGCUGGAGAAGUCCGUAUUAAGAUUGUGGCAACUGGUGUCUGCCAUACAGAUGCUUACACUUUAGACGGACAUGAUCCUGAAGGAAUCUUCCCUUGCAUUCUUGGUCAUGAAGGUGGUGGCAUUGUAGAAAGCAUUGGAGAAGGAGUGACGUCUGUUUCUCCUGGGGAUCAUGUAAUUCCCCUUUACACCCCACAAUGCUAUGAAUGCAAAUUCUGCAAGUCUUCCAAAACAAAUCUCUGUGUUAAAAUUCGAGCUACCCAGGGAAAAGGAGUAAUGCCUGAUGGAACAACUCGUUUUAAAUGUAAAGGCAAAGACGUGUUUCACUUCAUGGGAUGUUCCACAUUUUCCGAAUACACAGUCUGCGCCGAGAUUUCUGUUGCCAAGGUGAAUAGUGUUGCUCCCCUUGAAAUGUGUCUCUUGGGGUGUGGUAUUUCAACUGGAUACGGAGCAGCAUUGAAUACUGCUGGAGUGGAGGCCGGUUCAACUGUAGCGAUUUGGGGCUUAGGCGCUGUUGGUUUGGCUGUUGCCAUGGGAUGUCAGCAAGCUGGUGCUAGCCGAAUUAUCGGUGUCGACGUCAAUCCAGCAAAGUUUGAAUUCGCCAAGAAGUUUGGGGUUACGGAAUUUGUCAAUCCUAAAGAUCACGAAAAGCCGAUUCAAACUGUACUGAUUGAAAUGACGGAUGGCGGAGUCGACUAUUCUUUUGAAUGCAUUGGAAACGUGGGAUGCAUGAGAGCUGCAUUAGAGGCUUGCCAUCGAGGUUGGGGAGUAUCGGUUAUUAUCGGAGUUGCGGCGUCCGGACAAGAGAUUUCAACACGACCUUUUCAAUUAGUUACUGGUCGUGUCUGGAAAGGAACAGCUUUCGGAGGUUGGAAAUCGCGCGACAGUGUUCCUCGUCUAGUUGAGGAUUAUUUGAGCAAAAAAGUCAAAGUUGACGAGUUUGUUUCUCACGACGUGCCUUACGAAGAAAUUAACAAGGCGUUCCAUUUGAUGCAUUCUGGCCAAAGCAUCCGUUCUGUGGUUCAUUUUUAAUUACCGAAGAAUUCAGAUGAAAUUUGCUUACAAGUCUCAAGCUAAACAGAAUUUAGUACUGGUUAAUGUUUACUCUGGGUUACAUGCAUAUAUCAAUACAAAUAUUCUAAAAAAAAAA